AUGCACGUGUCUAGUCUGCUUGCUCUCGUGCCUCUGGCCCUUGCUGCCCCUGCACCGGCCAGUCGGUCUGCUCCUGUCAUCCAGCCACGAGGGGGGCAAGUGGUCCCUGGCAAGUACAUCGUCAAACUGAGGGAUGGCGCUUCCGAUAGCGCCCUCAACGCCGCCGUGAGCAAACUUGGCUCCACCAAGGCCGACCACGUCUACAAGGGUGCCCACUUUAAAGGCUUCGCCUCCAAGAUUGACGCCAAGACGCUGGAGACUAUCCAGAACAUCCCCGAGGUCGACUACAUUGAACAGGAUGCCGUCUUCACCAUCAACACCUUCACCUCUGAGGAGAAUGCUCCGUGGGGCCUUGGCCGCAUCUCCCACCAGGAGGCAGGCAGCACCACCUACGCCUACGACGACAGCGCCGGAGCUGGCACCUGCGCCUACAUCAUCGACACUGGCAUCUACGCAGCUCACUCUGAAUUUGAAGGCCGUGCUACCUUCCUGUACAAUGCCGUCGACAGCUCUGACACGGACGGCAACGGCCACGGCACCCACGUCGCCGGCACCAUCGGCUCGGCCGCCUACGGCGUUGCCAAAAAGACCAGCCUCUUUGGCGUCAAGGUCCUCGAUUCUGGCGGUUCCGGCACUACCUCGGGCGUCAUCGCCGGCAUCAACUUCGUCGCGACGGACUCGCAGACGCGCAACUGCCCCAACGGCACCGUGGCCAACAUGUCGCUCGGCGGCGGCGCGUCGUCGACCAUGAACAGCGCCGCGGCGGCGCUCGUCAAGGCGGGCGUCUUCCUCGCCGUCGCGGCCGGCAACUCGGACGACGACGCGUCCUUCUACUCGCCCGCCAGCGAGCCCACCGUGUGCACCGUCGGCGCCACCGAGUCCAACGACGCCCGCGCCAGCUACUCCAACUACGGCGCCCUCGUCGACAUCUUUGCGCCGGGCACGGGCGUCCUGUCUACUUGGAUCGGGAGCACCACCGCUACUAACACCAUCUCCGGCACCUCGAUGGCCACCCCGCACAUCACCGGCCUGGGUGCCUACUUGCUCGCCCUCCUGGGCAAAAAGACCCCCGCUGAGCUGUGCUCGUACAUCGCCAGCACCGCCAUCUCCGGCACCCUGACCGGCAUCCCCAGCGGGACCGUCAACCUGCUCGCCUUCAACGGCAACCCCUCGGGUUGA